AUGGGCCAGACCAACCACACCAAUGUGAGGGAAUUUGUCUUCCUGGAACUCACUCGCUUCCGGGAGCUGGAGUUGUUCUUGUUUGUGUUCUUUCUUGCUGUGUAUGUGACCACUGUGCUGGGCAAUGCUUUCAUUGUGGUGACCAUCACCUGUGACUCCCACCUCAACACUCCCAUGUACUUUCUCCUAAGGAACAAAUCGGUUCUAGACAUUGUUUUUUCGUCUGUCACCGUCCCCAAGUUCCUGGUAGAUCUUUUGUCAGAGAGGAAAACCAUCUCUUACAAUGGCUGUAUGGUACAGAUCUUCUUCUUCCACUUUGCUGGGGGGGCGGAUAUUUUUUUCCUGUCUGUGAUGGCCUAUGACAGAUACCUUGCAAUCUCCAAACCCUUGCAUUAUGUGACCAUUAUGAGGAGAGAGGUGUGGGUGGCCUUGGUGGUGGCUUCGUGGGUGGGUGGUGGUUUGCACUCAGUUGUCCAAAUAAUUCUGAUGCUUCCCCUGCCCUUCUGUGGUCCCAACAUCCUGGAUGCGUUCUACUGUGAUGUGCCCCAGGUCGUUAAGCUGGCCUGCACGGACACCUUUGCUCUGGAGCUUCUCAUGAUCUCUAACAAUGGGCUGGUGACCCUGCUGUGGUUCCUCCUGCUCCUGGGGUCUUAUACUGUCAUUCUGGUGAUUCUCCGAUCUCGCUCUGGGGAGGGCUGGAAGAAGGCCCUCUCCACCUGCACCUCCCACAUCCUGGUGGUGACUCUUCACUUUGUGCCUUCUGUGUACAUUUACUGCCGGCCCUUCACUACACUGCCCAUGGACACAGUGGUGUCCAUCAAUAACACGGUCAUCACUCCCAUGCUGAAUCCUAUCAUCUACACGCUGAGAAACCAGGAGAUGAAGGCAGCCAUGACGAGACUGAAGAGGAGACUUGGACCUUCCGAGAGUAGUAAACUGGGGUGA